ACGUUCCCGCGGCGGGCCCCGCCCCCCAGCCAAUCGGACAGGCGCUCGCCGGAGCCCAGGUUCUCUUUGUUCCGCAGCCAUUUCAGGCCCCGGACAGGAGGCGACGCCGCUUCGGCAGAAGCCCCAAGCGCCCGAGGCCUCUGGGAUGGUGUGGGACCGGCAAACCAAGAUGGAGUAUGAGUGGAAACCUGACGAGCAAGGACUUCAGCAAAUCCUGCAGCUGUUGAAGGAGUCCCAGUCCCCAGACACCACCAUCCAGAGAACCGUGCAACAAAAACUGGAACAACUCAAUCAAUAUCCAGAUUUUAACAACUACUUGAUUUUUGUCCUUACAAAACUAAAAUCCGAAGAUGAACCUACAAGAUCAUUGAGUGGUCUCAUCUUGAAGAAUAACGUGAAAGCACAUUUUCAGAACUUCCCAAAUGGUGUAACAGACUUUAUUAAAAGUGAAUGUUUAAAUAAUAUUGGUGACUCCUCUCCUCUGAUUAGAGCCACGGUUGGUAUUUUGAUUACAACCAUAGCCUCUAAAGGAGAAUUGCAGAAUUGGCCUGACCUCUUACCAAAACUCUGCAGCCUGUUGGAUUCUGAAGAUUACAACACCUGUGAGGGAGCAUUUGGUGCCCUUCAGAAGAUAUGUGAAGAUUCUGCUGAGAUUUUAGACAGUGAUGUUUUAGAUCGUCCUCUCAACAUCAUGAUUCCCAAAUUUUUGCAGUUUUUCAAACACAGUAGUCCAAAAAUAAGGUAUUUAUAUAGUCCAAAUCUGUUUGCAUUGGCUGGUGAUGAAGAACCAGAAGUACGGAAAAAUGUGUGCCGGGCACUUGUGAUGUUGCUUGAAGUUCGAAUGGAUCGCCUGCUUCCUCACAUGCAUAAUAUAGUUGAGUACAUGCUACAGAGAACUCAAGAUCAAGAUGAAAAUGUGGCUUUAGAAGCCUGUGAAUUUUGGCUAACUUUAGCUGAGCAACCAAUAUGCAAAGAUGUACUCGUAAGGCAUCUUCCUAAGUUAAUUCCUGUGUUAGUGAAUGGCAUGAAGUACUCAGAUAUAGAUAUUAUCCUGCUUAAGGGUGAUGUUGAAGAAGAUGAAACAAUUCCUGAUAGUGAACAGGAUAUAAGGCCACGUUUUCACCGAUCAAGGACGGUGGCUCAGCAGCAUGAUGAAGAUGGAAUUGAAGAGGAAGAUGAUGAUGAUGAUGAAAUGGAUGAUGACGAUACAAUUUCUGACUGGAAUCUAAGAAAAUGUUCCGCUGCUGCCCUAGAUGUUCUCGCAAAUGUGUAUCGUGAUGAGCUGCUGCCGCAUAUUUUGCCCCUUUUGAAAGAAUUGCUGUUUCAUCAUGAAUGGGUUGUUAAAGAAUCAGGCAUCUUGGUAUUAGGAGCAAUUGCUGAAGGUUGCAUGCAAGGCAUGAUUCCAUACCUGCCUGAGCUCAUUCCUCACCUUAUUCAGUGCCUCUCUGAUAAAAAGGCUCUUGUGCGUUCCAUAACAUGCUGGACUCUUAGCCGCUAUGCACACUGGGUAGUCAGCCAGCCACCGGACACGUACCUGAAGCCAUUAAUGACGGAACUGCUAAAGCGCAUCCUGGAUAGCAACAAGAGAGUACAAGAAGCUGCCUGCAGUGCCUUUGCUACCCUGGAAGAGGAGGCCUGUACAGAACUUGUUCCUUACCUUGCUUAUAUACUUGAUACCCUGGUCUUUGCGUUUAGUAAAUACCAACAUAAGAACCUGCUCAUUCUCUACGAUGCCAUAGGAACAUUAGCAGAUUCAGUAGGACAUCAUUUAAACAAACCAGAAUAUAUUCAGAUGCUAAUGCCUCCACUGAUCCAGAAAUGGAAUAUGUUAAAGGAUGAAGAUAAAGAUCUCUUCCCUUUACUCGAGUGCCUAUCUUCAGUUGCCACAGCCCUGCAGUCUGGCUUUCUUCCAUACUGUGAACCUGUGUAUCAGCGUUGUGUAAACCUAGUACAGAAGACUCUUGCACAAGCCAUGCUGAACAAUGCCCAACCUGAUCAAUAUGAGGCUCCAGAUAAAGAUUUUAUGAUAGUGGCUCUUGAUUUACUGAGUGGCCUGGCUGAAGGACUUGGAGGCAACAUUGAACAACUGGUAGCCCGAAGUAACAUCCUAACACUAAUGUAUCAGUGCAUGCAGGAUAAAAUGCCAGAAGUUCGACAGAGUUCUUUUGCCCUGUUAGGGGACCUGACGAAAGCUUGCUUUCAGCAUGUUAAGCCUUGUAUAGCUGAUUUCAUGCCAAUAUUGGGAACCAACCUAAAUCCAGAGUUCAUUUCAGUCUGCAACAAUGCCACGUGGGCAAUUGGAGAAAUCUCCAUUCAAAUGGGUAUAGAGAUGCAGCCUUAUAUUCCUAUGGUGUUGCACCAGCUUGUAGAAAUCAUUAACAGACCCAACACACCAAAGACGUUGUUAGAGAAUACAGCAAUAACAAUUGGUCGUCUUGGUUACGUUUGUCCUCAAGAGGUGGCCCCCAUGCUACAGCAGUUUAUAAGACCCUGGUGCACCUCUCUGAGAAACAUAAGAGACAAUGAGGAAAAGGAUUCUGCAUUCCGUGGGAUUUGUACCAUGAUCAGUGUGAAUCCCAGUGGCGUAAUCCAAGAUUUUAUAUUUUUUUGUGAUGCAGUUGCAUCAUGGAUUAACCCAAAAGAUGAUCUCAGAGACAUGUUCUGUAAGAUCCUUCAUGGAUUUAAAAAUCAAGUUGGGGAUGAAAAUUGGAGGCGUUUCUCUGACCAGUUUCCUCUUCCAUUAAAAGAGCGUCUUGCAGCUUUUUAUGGUGUUUAAUCUAAUACACUUAAGCUGCAGUCCCAAAAUUAGGGGUCCUUCGGUCUUGGAGACUAUGAGGGAGCCUCUGCACCCAGGGAAAAUGUUACCCUUUACAGGGGGGAAGGGUAAACCAGUAGGGAAUACAGUACAAUCCCAACCCUACUGGGAGGGGCGGGAGGGAGGUGUUGCCGUCACUGUAUUAAGUCGAUGUUGGGAAACGUUUUAACAUCUGGAGCUUUUGUGGGUGGAAAUCUGUCUCCAAUUACAACUCCACACUGGAUGUGAAGAAGCAAAAAAUCUGUUCAGUCUGCUCACAAAACAGUACAUUCUGGAAUAUUAUGGGGAAUUGUACCAAAACAAGAACCAUAUAAGUGAUGCAUAGGGAUAAGAAAGAGGAAAAAUUCCUUAGUGCACAAUAAAGGAAACUUAAGGGGGUUACAAACAGUAAAGAAGCUUUUUUUUUUUUUUUAAUUUAAAGAUUUUUUAUAUAAAUUUUCCCACAUGAUGGGGCCUUGUUUUGCAUGCUGAUGAAGAACUACACAAACAAAACUAAUAGAGUUAAAAUCAGCUUGCCUUUCCAUAGUAGAAGCGGGUUCUUGGAAGUUACAGUUUAAGGUACCCCCCAAAAAAGUUGGAAAUAAAACAAAGCAAAUUUAAACAAUGAAGCACCCUGUGAAAUGCCAAAUGAGUCACUCCUUUUACCUUUGUGGGGUGGGCAGGGAGGGAAGGAUAAAUGGGGUUGGGCAUAUCAAACUAAAGAUGACAUCUUAAUUUUACAUUAAACAUUAAUGUAGUGGAUAUAAUUUGAUGGUUGUACUUCAUUAGAUUUAAUUUCUAGGCCAAGAUGUUAUUUUUAAAGUGCAGUUUAAGGUUCAGGCAUGCAUUCUGGUUCAUAGUGAUCGAAAGUAAUUUAAAUUAGUGGGAAAGUAGCAUGCUUGUAUCACAUAGAGUGAGGUUGGUAUUCAUUUACCUAUGUUGCGCCAGUUUGUGUUGCAGUUUACCAAUUCAAUAGCCCUGCAUUUAAAAUUCCUUUUUAAGAUUUGUGGAUUUUAUUUUUUAUUAAGAAUAUAGAUAUAUAAAGUACUGUAGUUUACAGCUAGGCCUUGAAAUAUCUUUUUUAGGAUCUGUUAGGAAUAAGAUUGAUAUUGUAUUGUGUGUAACCUGCACAAUGUGGAAAGCUGAUAUACCUGUGCAAAAUCUUUGCCUCUGUGCUGUCAGUGUGAUGUGCUUUCUGCAUGGUUAUAUACUACUAGUGAUUUUUAUCAAAACUUCUAAAAUUUAAAUUACAUGGUAAAAGAUCUGUAAAAAAGGCUGCAUAAAUGUUAGUUGACACAUAAAGACAAUUGUAGAAGUUGACAAAUGAUUGCUAUAUUUCAAUGUUUAUUCCCACUCAACAUAUUGCCUUCUAAGCUUUCUUUUUUUUUUCUUUCUUUUUUUUUUUUUUUUUGUUCAAAGCAUGAUCUUAAAGAUAUGUUUAAGUUAAUGGAUGUAAUGCAGGGUUCCUACACUGUAUUGGCGCAUGUUGGUGGCCCUCUGUGCCCUAGAUAUAUGCACACAGGGUGCAAGUUGAAAGCUACAGAGUGAAAGUUGGUUUGGAUCCUCUUCAUUUCAUUUGUUUAGCUUUUCUGUUAUUUUUCUCUACUUACAUGUAUUCCUGUGAAUAAAUCCUUGUUAAGUUAACCCUUUACUUUUCCUUUCAUGUGUAUUUUCUUAUAUACUGUGAAUGUGAAACCUAACUGGUACACUUGAUCUUGUGUCCAUAUGAAAGUGCAAGUCUUUAUUAAUUUGGAUUGCCUGAACAGUGUAUCCCAUGAUGAUGAAGGAAAAUGGAGAGAUUUUUCUUUUUAACUCUGCUGGUCAGAGAUGAAGCCACGCCUUUCCAUUUUUCAAUGCUGCAUAUUUAAUCUGCAACAAAAAUGUUAAGCCAUAACAGCCUUUUUAUAUUUUAGUUUGUCACCUUUGCAUUGCAGAAUAAAUACUGAAUAACCAUUUUUAUAAGCAGUUGCUCCUCUUUGCAUGGUUCUAUUCUCUAAAAGUGUUGAAUGAUACAGCCAUUGCACUGAAGUUUGAGCUGUGUGGGUGUGAAUUUAUAAGUACUGUUUAAAAAAUUUGAAAUGCAUGGUAGCAUGCAGAAAGGUUUUUGUUAUUUUGUGUGUGUGCGUGUGUUUUUUGGUUUUUUGGUUUUUUUUAACAUGUUCUUUUACCUUCUUUCCUCUACUUUGGCUUUGCAAAUUUCGGUCUGUAGAGCCGAAAUUUUUAAUUAAAAAAUUAAAUUAUUUUAUAAUGCCCAAUUUUUUAAAAAGUAUAAGUUCAAUUUAAAUAGUAUGUGGCAUUUUGCUUUCUAGUAUCAUUGCUUCACUGGAAGCUCAAAAAUUGGUUCCUAUUUAAUUUUUGAUAACUGAGUUAGGGUAACUAUUUUAUUCUUAAAUUACAGUGAUAUCCUGUAGCGCUUCAAAUACUUUUUAGACUUUAAUAAGGCAUAUUUUAAUAUUCUGGAAUAGGUAAUAUUUUAAAUUGAAAGAAAUGGCCAAAUUUUUCUCUCAACACAGUAAAACAAAUAUGAACAACCUUUAGUAAAGUUAUAUGGACCCGUGAUUGACAAUUUUAUAUUGACUUAAAGCAAUAUUGUCACCUGUCUGGUUGAAAAUCAGUUUCCAAUUAGGCAGAUGAAUAACACUAUAAGGAUGUGCUUUUAAAUUUUAAAGGAGAUUUAAUUUUUAAAAAGAAAAUAAAAUUAAUAUGACUGGCACCCUGAGAUUGGGUUGGGUUUUUUGUGGUGUUUUUUUGUUUUUUUUUUUUUGUAUUUUCCCCCUUUGAGGUUAUUGUUUUCUUCCUAAUUUAUAUUUCAGAUACAUAGUGUAGCAUAGGAAUUUGCAGAAGCCAUUUAAGUUAUCUUUUGAGGUAAGCUCCGAUUUAGCAUUUAACCUGAUAAAACCUAAUACAUCAUGGGAUAUAUAUAUAUAUAAAGCAACUUAAUUUUUGUGGUGUAGUCUUAAUAGUUUUGAAUGUUGACUGAAUGUCUAUGAAAUUGUGAGUUUGUCUUUGUUACAUUCCAGUGUUUCUGCCUCUUGGCAUGCUUAAAGCACGGCUUACUUCAUCUGCUCCUUACACACUAAAAUGCUGUUAGUGUGCUCAACUACGGAAAUAGCCGCUGCUAAGUGAUGUAGAUUUUCUACUUGAAUAUUUUUAUGUUGUAGGAACCUCAGGAGGUCAGUGUUUACUGUUUUAUAUAUGCCUUCUUUUUCCUGUUUGAGCUUCUCUCUUUGAAGGAUUCUAACAGAAUAAAAGCUGCUGAUCAACCUAAGUUGGAAACAGAAAGUAUAUUUAAUUUAAAUGCAUGUUUGGCAGUUCCAUGUUACAGUCCAUUAGCAAGGAAGCUUUGUGCCACAAGUAUCAUUUAUUCAAGAAAGAAUUUUGCUUUUUGUAUUGUCUAAUCUCUCUAAUGACUUCAUACUGUGUAAAAAAAAUCACUUUUUAAAUAUUUUUGAUUGGUUAUUUCCCAAAUAAUCAACAUGUAAAUAAUCUUUAAGAGCCAGUUCUGAUGCUUUACAUUAUUGCUACUUGAUUUUGUUAUGCAAGUUAGAUUUCAGAAGAAAUAUAUUUUAGAACACUUAACGAAGCCAUUACAUCUUUAAAACAAAACAAGUAGCAUAUAAUUUGUAAUUAACGUAUUGAUGAACACUGUGAUUUUUUUUUUUAGUUAAAAUUUUUUCAUUGAUCUGAAUUGCUUAAAUUGCAUAUAUUGUAAAAUAGGAUCAGAUGUAUAUUUUAAACUAAUUUCAGCUGACUUUCCUCUUGAAAUGCUUUGUCUACUCAGUUAUAAAGUAUUCAGAUACAAGUUUUAUCUCAGGUGAAUACUACUAUAUUGCUUUUGCUUUGGUGAUAUAUGCUUACAAAGGGUCAUCAUACUUAAAUUCUUUGUUUUUUAAUGUAUUCAUUGAGACUCUUCUCUUUCUCAUUUUUCCUAUCAUUCUAGCAGACGGGUGGUAUAAAGCCAGCCUCACAAGACUUUUGCAUGCAGGUAUACCUGAAAAUGGGUUAAAUUUGGUCCUCAUUUUCUCUAAAUCCUCAAAAUAGGAAAGUGGAAAAUUACUCCCCUAUAUAAAAUCCUGCAUAGCAGAAAUGCCAGAAUUAAAUUAAUUAUGUCGUAAACCUUUAAGUCUAAAUUUAAGCCCUUUGCCAUGAAAAGGCAGGAAAAAGUGGUUUUUUGCUUCAUAUAGUUAUUCUGUAUUAUUCAUAUUGAAUGUAUUAACAGAUAAUGGUGCAAAAACAUUCUUCCCAAGAGAAGAGUGUAUCAUGCAUAACUGCAGUUUAAAUCCUUCCUUUGGUAGUACUUUAAAACACACAGCUUUGCUUAUUGAAUUAUUUUUGCAAAUAAUACAAAAGGGGAAAACACUAACUGUUGCUACUAGUACUGUUAAUGAAGUGUAGGCCUUGGAACCUUUAAGAAAAAUGGUCUUCAGAUAGUUAUGGGCUUGGGAUAAUUUAGGUCAAAAAUCAGAUCACUAAUGAGCUGUGUUGUUAACAAUAUUAUCUGGUAAUAAUACCAUGCAAUAUAGCAUUGUAUACCAACUUAGUGCAUUUCAUACUGUAUUAAAUAUGGAGAUACUUCUAACGUUUCUUUAAAAUUUUUACAUAAAAGGUAGUUUUAUUCACCUGUACACUUUCCAGGUGACUUGUGACUAAUUUUUUCAGUCUUAUAUAGAUCUUUCCUCCAUUGGCAUUACUUAUGUGUAGAUUUAUUCCUAAUUAUUAUACAUAUAAAUUUUUAAGGUAUACAUUUAAAUUACAGCAACUGUUUGUGGUUUGUAUCCCAGAAUGUAUUGUGUUUUUUUUAAAAAGAUGCAUAAUAGUUGAAUGUAUGCAUGAUUUUGAGAGUUUUUUUUCCUCCUCUCGUAUAUUUUAAAACCAAGCCAAAUCUUUUUGCCAAGCAGUAUAUCACUAAUUAGAAAACCAGUAGUAGUCUUCCUUUUAUUACAGUUUUUGUUUAUCCACUAUAGAAUCCCCUAUACUGUGGCUUGGUAUUAUACAGGAUUAGAUAUUUUAUAGGUCUUAUAUCUUUCUAAAAGCCUACUAUAUAACAUGGUUAGCCUAUAAGGCAAUGUUGGUCCCCUUCUCAUAUUAGCCUCAUAAAGAGGUUCCGAAUGCUGUACUUUCCUCAUAAUACUUUGUUGUUUUCCUUUGUGAAUAUAUAACUAAAUUGAGCUUCGGUGAUUUUUUAUGGAGAUAAUAAUUAGACAAUACUGUGUAAUUUUACUUAAUAGAUUAUCAUCUUGUGAGAAGAGAUGUUUAAAUGUGGUAAAUGACUUCACUUCAUAUUAUGAAACAGUUUUACACAUAUGUUAACAUUGGGUGCAAUAAUUUAGUAGUUUUAGCUUUAGUUAUAAAUAACUGGAUCUUUCUGCUGACAACUUAGGUUGUAUGAGUUACGCUUAAAAGCUUUAAAUCUGAUGUUUCCUGUAUCUGCCACACUAUGUUAGAAUGUGUCCUUCAAACAUAUCCUCCUGCAACUUCUCAAACUGUACUAAAUUGAUAUUUCUUGAAGUCUAACUCUGUGCUAACAGAUCUUCAUUUUAAAUAGAAUACGGUUUUAAUUUUUGAUAAGCUGCUGAAUUUUAAAGAGAGUUUUUUGGGGCCACCAAAUAUUUUGGAUCAUGCAGAGAAUAUAUAUUGUACUGUAGUAAUUUUGUAUUUACAUUUGUAUGAUGUGACAUAAUAGAUGUGAAUGUUAAUCACUGCUUGACUAUGUUAAUAAAGUUGUUUAACUAUA